ACAGAUUAUAUGAUCAUAUAAUCUGUGGUGAUAGUGUGUUAGUGAUAAGAAGCGCUAUCUCUAGACGCUCGACUAAUUUAAAUAUUUAACGCUUAUUGUGGUUAUCAGUUCGUUUUCGACGUUUUCUACUUCCUUGUAAGUUGCAAUAUGCAAAUGACAGUUCAUACUUUAUAAUAUUCUUUUCUAGUACUCUGUGAUCUAAUUUAUUGUUAAAAUUUGUAUACAUACGCCUUGUACACGUCUAAUUUAGGAUGGAUAAAACAAAUAUGUAUAGAAAGAAACCUAAUAGUAGUAUUAAUUCCAACUUAUCUGCUAGUAAUUCAAAUUUAACAAAUAUUACUCCAAUUAAUAAUAGAACACCUAAAAAUGUCAAUCAUCGAUCUAAAAGUAAUCUUAAUAUAAAAGAAAAUGAUACUGUUAAACGAAUCAAAAAUUUUAGCUCCAAUGUUACCUUAGAAAGAAAUGGCAGUAUGCCAAAUUUAAACGCAACUGGUAAUAGAUUACAAUUGGACAAAAUUACCAAGCUAAGAUUUGCAUAUGACAAGUAUCUCAGCAGCUUGGAAGCAAAAUAUGUUUUUCAAUUGAUUGAAAAAAAUAUAUCUGCAAAUGUUGAUGAACAAAAAAAGGUUUUUAAGGAUGAAUUUUGUAUGCUCAAAGAUCAAUUAGUAACUUUAAGUCAAGAAUUGGAAACAAUAAAUGGAUWAAAAAUUGAAAAAAAAACGAUUGAUCAAAAAAUUGAAGGACUUGAAAUGCUCAAUAAAGCUCUUGUAUUUAAUGAUUCAGAUGAAGAAAUUAUGUCAUUGUUCUCUAGUACGGCAUCCAAAGUUGUUGUAAAAAAUUUUAAACAAUUGGAUGAAGAUGAUUUAAAAGCUGUUAAGAUUCUGUUUAAUGAAAUUAUAGAGUCAUUGAAACAGCUUGAUUAUGAAAAUAAAAUUAAUGUAAGAAUUCAGUUAAAAGAUUCAUUGAUUAAAGUAGCAAUGUUAACUAAAGAAUUAGAUACAUUAAAAUCAAAGUGUGAAGAAUUAUUUGACGAACAAGAUAGUUUGCUGAAUUAUAAUAAAUCACAUAAAAUAUUAAAAGCUCAAUUUGGAGAAAAUCCAGACACAAAUUUACUGCCAACAAAAAGUAACUUAGUAGAAGAAGUUGAAAAUAUGUUAAAUGAAAUAGAAUGGUAACUUUAUAUAUUUUUUAUUAUUUAAAAAAAUUGUAUACUA